ACAAUUCACUUUAUUAAAUCCGUGGGAGUGGAAUUUCUGCCAAAGCUCGCAGGAUUAGGGUAUUCUUCUUAGUAUUUUUAGCCUUGAAGAUACGCAUCAGCUGAUGUGUGCACCUAUAUUUGGGUUUUGAUUUCUAUCUACUUGCUUACUCUAUAAUAGGCACAUCUUUUGGCAUCUAGUCUAAUCGGAAUGGCGUCAGUUUUCUUCUACGUUCUCCUUUUGGGUUUUAAUUUUGUAAAUGGCUUCUUCUACAGGGGCAUUCCAGUCCUUUUAAAGCCUGUAUCCAAGGGAAGUACUACGGAUUUUUACGUAUCAUGUCCUUGGAGUGAUCCUCCCAGUGAUUCAUUCUGUGUGAUUACAGCUAAUCAUAUAGGUUACCAAUGUAAUCCAAAGGUGACUUCACUUGACAUGCCGCUUAUCAAUCCAAACUCCCAAAAAUGUGACGUUAGAGGCUCUGUUUGUGCUGAUUCUUCCAAGAAUGCCGCGCUUAUGAAGUGUGUGGACCACACUAAUUGUACUACCGUCUCAAAGGAUUAUAGGCUCUGUUCUUGCAACACCGGAUUUUUUGGUGAUCCACACCGUAACUGCUAUCAACACUGUGAAAGAGAUUCAGAUUGCUCCAGCCCAUUUGCAGAGUGUACAACCCCUGGUGAAAAAGAUUUGCCCAGAUGUACCUGCAAGAGGGGAUAUUCCGGAGACGGAGUUUUCUGCUAUGAUAACCCAUGUGGACAAGGAAACAGAUUGGCUAAGUGCAAAUAUCCUCAGGUCUGUAUUCCAACUGGACCAACAGAAUAUAAGUGUGCUUGUCCAUCUGGACACUUUAUUGACGUAGAUGGAAAGUGCGUUCCCAAUAUUGCAAUUAAAAAGGAUACCAUAUUGAGUUUCCACGGCACAAAUAUACCUGAUGGAAGCAGAAUUGAGGCUGGGGAUUGUUUAUCAUUCCACCUUAAUGAAGACGGCACCAGCAAGUUCUUCCACCUAAAUUCUGGUGACCCAGUUUAUGUAAAGGCUGCAAUCAAAAACGCCUCUGAAUUUUACAUUGCGUUUGUGAUUAGGGAUGAAAUUACAGCUUAUGCACGUUUAACGGCUGAUGAUACCAAGAUGACAAAGCUAUAUGCGUUGACAAAUACGUCACAGGGCUGCUCAUUCGGUUCAGUCAAAGUUAUGGACAAGGAAGGAAAUGAGUUGAGAGUCAACGGAGCUACUGACCAUCAACAAAACCUUGUGAGAGUUAAGGUUAGGCCACUAACGAAAGAGGAACUCGCAACAAAGGUCAAUGACGAACUCUAA